GGAGCAGAAGUUGCUGGCCCAAUUUCCUCAGUGCACGUUACGCAGGGUGCCAGGCUCGCUGUGCAACACCCGCUUUCAAUCGAUUAUCUACAGGGGUGAAACUGGAUCCGCAAGGUGCUAAAAACGCCGCUAGUUGAGCGUUGUAGUGUGAGUCUCUCACAAGACAGCUCGCGGUCGUUUGAGAGGUCAACUGCGCCCGGAAAUGCUCUCGAAACUGCCAGCACUCUCGGGCUCGCCCCACGCUUCCAGGUGCCGGAGCACAGGCGCUGUGCAGCCUAGCGGUCGGCAAGCUGCUAUGGCUGCGAGGCCGCUUCAGGGCCCUCGCGCCCUGCUGCCGGUCCCCACGGCGUCAACUGCCGCGCCACUGCGCGCCACUGCCCAGGCCCCCGCCAGCACCAGCAGCAGCGCCGCAGAUGAGGGCGACGGUCUGGGUGUGAUUGCAGUGGACCCAGCGCUGGCCAACUUCAAAGGCCACCUGGAGUAUCGCUGGGCCCAGUACAGGCGCACGCUGGACUCCAUCACCGCGGGCGCGGGCAGCCUGGCGGCCUUUGCGGAGGGAUACAAGUACUUUGGAUUCAACCGGGAGGACGGCGCUAUUGUGUACCGGGAGUGGGCGCCGGCGGCCCAGGCGGCGGCGCUUAUCGGCGACUUCAGCAAGUGGGAGCCGGUGUGGAUGACCCGCGACGAGUGGGGCGUGUGGAGUGUGCGGCUGGAGGACGUGGACGGCAAGCCCGCCAUUCCGCACCGCUCCCGUGUCAAGGUCCGGCUGCAGCACCCCCACGGCUGGUGGAUGGACCGUGUGCCCGCCUGGAUCAAGUGGGCGGCGGCGGAGCAGCGCAUGGACGCCAAGUACGACGGCAUCUACUGGGACCCCCCGGCGGCGGAGCGGCACCAGUGGCGCCACCAGCGCCCGCCGCGGCCCGCGGCCCUGCGCAUCUAUGAGGCGCAUGUGGGCAUGAGUUCGGAGACCGGCAAGGUGGCCAGCUACAGCGAGUUCACCGACACGGUGCUGCCACGUGUCCAGGCGCUGGGCUACAACGCCAUUCAGCUCAUGGCCAUCCAGGAGCACGCCUACUACGGCUCCUUCGGCUACCACGUGACCAACCCCUUCGCGGUCAGCAGCCGCAGCGGCACACCCGAGGAACUCAAGGCUCUGAUUGACGAGGCCCACCGUCGCGGCAUCGCCGUACUCCUGGACGUGGUCCACAGCCACAUCAGCGGCAACCAGGACGACGGCCUGGCGGGGUUCGACAUGGGGCAGCGCGAGCAAGACAACUACUUCAAGCAGGGCGAGGCGGGCUAUCACAAGCUGUGGGACAGCCGCUGCCUCAACUACGCCAACUGGGAGUGCCAGCGCUACCUGCUGUCCAACCUGAGGUACUGGCUGGAGGAGUACCAGUUCGACGGAUUCAGGUUCGACGGCGUGACCUCCAUGCUCUACCACCACCACGGCAUCCACACCUCAUUCAGCGGCGACUACAACGAGUAUCUGGGCACCUCCACCAACGUGGACGCAGUGGUGUACCUCAUGAUGGCAAACAGGCUGGUGCACGACCUGGUGCCCAGCGCGGUGACCAUCGCCGAGGAUGUGAGCGGCAUGCCGGCGCUGUGCCGCCCCGUGGCGGAGGGCGGCGUGGGCUUUGACGCGCGCCUCAACAUGUCCAUUCCCGACACCUGGAUCAAGCUGCUGAAGCACGUGCGGGACGAGCACUGGCGCAUGCAGGACAUCGUGUCGGCGCUGUGCAACCGGCGCUACACCGAGAAGAGCAUCGGGUACGCCGAGAGUCACGACCAGGCUCUGGUGGGCGACCAGACCAUUGCGUUCCGGCUGAUGGGUCCGGAGAUGUACAGCGGCAUGAGCGCGCUGACGGAGGCCACUCCCGUGGUGUCCCGGGGUGUGGCGCUGCACAAGCUGAUCCGGCUGGUCACGAUGGCCCUGGGCGGCGAGGGCUGGCUCAGCUUCAUGGGCAACGAGUUCGGGCACCCCGAGUGGAUCGAUUUCCCGCGUGACGGCAACGGCUGGAGCCACCACUACUGCCGGCGGCAGUGGUCGCUCGCGGACACCGACCACCUGCGCUACAAGUUCCUGCAGGCCUGGGACGCAGCCAUGAUGGCCCUCGACAACCACUACGGCUUCCUGGCCUCGCCGCACCAGUGGGUGACCCACAUGGACGAGCCGGAGCAGAUCCUGGUGUUCGAGCGCGGCCCACUGCUGUUCGUGUUCAACUGGAGCCCCAUCGCCGACCGCGAGGCCUACCGCGUGGCGGUACCGGCGCCCGGCAAGUGGCGGGUGGCGCUGGACAGCGACGCCUGGGACUAUGGCGGCGCGGGCCGGGUGUUCCACGACGCGGACCACUUCAGUGACCCCGAGCCCGCCGGCACCAGCCGCGACCGCGAGCACUCCAUCCGGGUUCUGGCGCCCGCACGCACCUGCGCGGUGUACUACAACGCGGACACGCACACGCACUGGCGCGAGCGGCCGCAGGCGCAGCAGCAGGAGGGAGGCGCUGAGGCGGAGGCGCCGCACCACACGUACGGCCUGGCCCCGGCGGCGACGCAGACCGCGGGCGGGCUUAGCGUCGGCAGCGGCGACGAAGUGGUGUAGGUGUGCUGUGCAUGGCAUUGCGCUGCGCUGCGCUGUGCUGGCUUUUGAUGUGCAUGAGAGGGUGUGUGUAGCGGAUGUGAAGAAAAGUGCAAGUGGCUUGUUGAGUGCCCAGCUACGGGCUGGCGCUAAUAAUGGUGUUGCUGGGGCUCGAGCUGCUGGAAAGGCACAGGAAGCUUCCUUCGUUGGCGGUGCAAUGCACAGACAGGAAGUUCGUGGGCGGUGCAGGCAUGCAGAACGUUUCGUGGGCGGACAGGAAGGUUCGUGGUACGGUGCAGUGGCUUGGCGGCUUUCUGUGGCGGCGUGGCGGCUCAGUUGGGGUUGUAGAUGGACGUUCGGAACCUCGGAUGCAUGCGGCAGGUAGGCAAUGAGAUGCUGUGCAUGAGCGAAAGGAGAUAAAAAGCCAUGUGGCGGCGCGAUGGUGUAUGUGUGUGCACGCGCAGCCUGCAACAGCAGCGAGGGAUGCUGCGGGCGGUGACAGAAAGCACCGGAUUGCGGAGCUGUAAUGGUGGGGGGACGGCUCCAGCGUGUGCGUGCCUGCCCCUUGGAAAGCCUUGGAUUUGUAUAACUUUUUACACGGGUACGCCUGACCUUCACGCAAACAGGACACUUAUCAAGGCACAAAGCCACGCCUAUCCCAUAU